AUGACUCGACUUCACUCCAACUGGAGCGCCUGGAAGGUGGCCAUGACGGCCGCGACUCUCGUCACUGGAGUUCUGGGCGACAGCAUUCUCAGGACAUCUGGCGUCACCGACUGUGGUUCCGAUCCUGGCAUCAAGAUCGAAAAGCUUGACAUCAGCUACGACAAUGACAAGCAGGUCGUUACCUUCGACGUCUCCGGUACCAGCGAGAAGGAGCAGAACGUUUCUGCUAUUCUUGAGGUAAACGCAUACGGCCGCAAGGUUUACGAGAACUCUAUCAACCCUUGCAGCUCCGAUACUCCCAUUCCUCAGCUUUGUCCACUUCCCAACACACACUUUGCCGCUCAAGGUACCCAGGAUAUCAAGCCGGAAUGGGCCAACCAAGUUCCUGCCAUCGCAUUCCAGGUUCCCGAUAUCUCGGCUCAAGCAACCCUCAGACUGGUGACCAUCGAUGACCCUGACAAACAGGUCGCGUGCUUCCAAACUCGGGUCAACAAUGGAAAGACUGCUUCGGUCCCAGCUGUCACUUACGUCUCUGUUGGUGUUGUUGGUGCUGCUCUCCUUGUCUCGGGUGCUUCUGCUGCUUCAUCUACCCUGAGUGGAACUGCAGGCGCUGGUAAUGCUGGUGGUGCUCCCAGCCCUAGCUUUGCCCAAACUCUUGGCUGGUUUCAGGGCAUGGCCAUGAACGGUAUGCUUUCCGUGGACUACCCUCCCGUGUAUCGCAGCUUUGUCAAGAACUUCGGUUUCUCUGCGGGUAUGAUUCCCUGGGGAUCUCUCCAACGGUCGAUUGACAGCAUGCGUAACUCGACUGGAGGUGAUCUCACCAACGACAGCUUCGACCUCCUCAGGAAUGCUACUCUUGUCUUCUCCGAUAACUCUACCAGCACUCCCGAGGACCACUCCUACAAGGUCAAGCGCGCCUUCAACACCUUCGAAUCACUGGCCAACCUCGCCAUCCGCGGUAUUGAGACCUCAAUGGAUAAUGCAACAGAAGGUGAUGCCUCAACUGCUGCUCAGGGUCAGACUCUAUCCGUUUCUGGUAUCUCGGCCUUCGUUCAACAAUACAGUGUUCCCAAAUCCAACACAUUCAUGAUGGUUCUUCUGAUUGUCGCUAUCAUCAUUGCAGUCAUCAUCGUCGGCAUUCUCCUCGUCAAGGCUAUCCUUGAGUUCUGGGCUCUUUUUGGCAACUUCCCUCAGUCUCUAGCCGGUUUCCGAGAGCAUUACUGGGGAUCCAUUGCUCGAACUAUCACACACUUGAUUCUUGUUCUUUACGGUAUCUGGGUCUUGUAUUGUGUCUUCCAGUUCACAGUCGGUGAUUCAUGGCUUGCGCAGACCUUGGCUGGUGUCACCCUUUUUCUGUUUACUGCUAUUCUGGCCUGGUUUACUUGGAAGAUCUUUUCCACUGUCAAGAGGCUCAGGAGCACUGAGGGUAACGCUGACGCAUUGUACAACGACAAGCAGUACUGGGUCAAGUACUCUCUGUUCUACGAAUCCUACAAGAAGGAGUACUGGUGGAUCUUCAUCCCCACCAUUGUUUACCUUUUCGCAAAGGGGUGCACUCUUGCUGUUGGCGAUGGCCACGGCUUUGCCCAAACCAUUGCCCAGCUAGUGGUGGAGUCCAUCAUGCUCGCACUGCUCAUCUUUACUCGACCCUUUGAACGGAAGUCGAGCAACGUCAUCGGCAUUUCCAUCCAAACCGUUCGCGUCCUGUCAGUGGCUUGCAUCUUGAUCUUUGUCCACGAGCUCAAGAUCCCACAAGACAGCAAGACAAUUGCCGGAGUGGUUCUGAUCGCUAUUCAGUCGGCUCUGACUGGUCUCCUGGUCAUUCUUAUCAUCUGGAACGCCAUCAAUGUUCUCGUCAAGGAGAACCCCCACCGCAAGCGAAGAAAGGAGAUGGAAAAAUCCAAGCGUGAAAUGGACACCCUCACCCCUCUGGAUGCUCGCAACUCUCUCCUUCUCGAUCGCAAGGACAACAACAUCUCCAUGUUCUCCAUGCCUGCACCUCAAGAAAAGGGCCCGCAACACUCCAUGUCUCCUGAUCAGUACCACGAUACCGAGGCAGGUUACCGCCAACCCAACUACCUGUCUUCAAGCCCUCCCACAAAUCGCAAUCUGACCAACAUGGACCAUGACUCUCAGAACUUGAUGGGCAAUGCCGCGCCUCCAGGUUGGAGCCAACGAGAUCCUAGCCCCGUAGGACUAGGACGCCACGACUCUGGGGAUAUGAACUACUAUCAGCAGCAACCUCAGCAGCCAUACGGAUAUGGAAACGGAGGCGGAUAUAGAGGGUUCUAA